AUGCUUCUUCGUCUCUGUAUUUUAGAUAUUUCCGAUCACAAGACCCUCUUUGAAGAUGAAUUAUUCAAGAAAUACAUGUUCCAAGAAUCUUUCUCUCAGUGUACAUCGUUUCAUGUGGCACAAAACAAGUGGCCAGGAGAUUCCGAUGAUGAUGCUAAUGAAAAUUCCAAUCGUACGAUCACAGAAUAUUUAUUGAAACAUUUUGAUGCCAUUUUAAUUACAGGAAGUGAAGAUUGUUGCAUGGAUGAUUCCUUAUGCUAUAUCAAAAAAUUAUGUAAUUUAAUUAGAAAUUUAGUGGAUAUUAAUUUCCCAAUUUUAGGAAUUUGUUUCGGUGCUCAAGUGAUUAUUCGAGCAUUGUUUGGAAACAAUAGCGUUGCUCAUUUAAAGGAUCUUGGAAAGGAACCAGAAUUUGGAUAUAUUGCAUUAGAGCUAACAAAAGAAGGAAAAGAAUGUGGGUUAUUUGAUGGUAUUGAACAAGUGCAAGAAGGAGUUGGUUUUUAUUCAUCAUCUUCCCAUUCAGAUGCAUUUCUUUUAACAGACGACAACACUCAAGUUGAAAGGAUCAUCAAAUCUCGACAUUGGGAAAAUCAAGGUUAUAAAGUAAAGAACAAGAUGUGUUUUGGACUUCAAUUUCAUCCAGAGAUGGAUGCACAUACUUCAAAUGAAAUAUUUAAGAAUGUCACAACAAUACCUAUCAAGUAUGAUGACAAUGUACAUGAACCUGAUAUGACUUUUGGAGUGAAAAUUGCGAAAAACUUUGCUAACAUGGUAUUGCAAAAAAUCAAUUGA